AUGGAUCGAGAAAUAGGGAAUUUUUCACGAUUUUAUACUAACGAAGCUGAAAAGGAGCGAAGGAAAGAAAUUUUAAAAAAAGUAAACAAAAAUUAGGCUGAAGAAGAUUUUUUAAACGCUCAAAAAGAAUUAGAAGAGUGAAAAACCAAAAGAUCCAAGCAAACAACUCCACAGCCUCAAAGUUUUCCAGUUGAUGAAAAUAUAUGUUUCACUCCCAAUGAGUUUAUUACUUUUGAUAACCCAAGAAGUGCAAAGACUCAAGUAAAACUAAGCAUUUCUCCAAUUAAAGAAGAAAAAUCAAGAAUCACUUAUCCCGGGGAAUUUUUCGAAUCAAAUGACAAUUAUAUAUCAAAAAGAGAGCACAACAAAAUCUUGCAAGAACUCGCAAUAGAGCACAACAGAGAGUUAGAAGCUGAAAGAAGCAAAGGAAUUGAAAUGUUCACUAAAAAAGCGGCGGAAUUUGAAAAAAUGGUCCAAGAUAAUGAUAGGAUAAAGGAAAUCAAAUAUAAGCAAAGACAUAGAAGUGUUGAACAGCUAGAACAAGAAUUAUUGGAUUUACAGACUUCUGUGCAUCAAUAUAAACUAAAUGAAGAAGUCAUGAAAAAACAGUAUCAAGCUUUAGUACAACAGAGUGAAAAAGAAAUUAAAGCACAUUUAAACAGCUUGGCAAAAGCUCGAGAAGAAAUUGAGUAUUAUAAAAUUGCAAAGCCACAAGAGAUAGAAAAAGAACUAAACUCAGUAAAAGAAAGGGUUGACCAUUUGAAUUGCCAAAUUCAGUAUAAAGAGAGAGAAAUCAAAGAGAAGGAUCAGCAAUUAUUAAACCUUCACACUAGAAUUCGGGAAAGAGAAGGAUUCAUUGCACAGCUGGAGCAGAAAAUUAUUGCUUUAGAGCAGGAAAGGUUAUCUAGUAAAGAAAAAGAAUUUGAAGCAACUACAAUUAAAUUCAAUUUAGAAGAUGAAAAGCGAAAACGAGAAAAAAUCGAAAAUGAUUAUAAUUUACUAUUAAAAGACACAGAAAAUAUCAAGCAAAAAAUAAGAAAAGAAAUAGAAUUAAGUUAUCGAGAAGAAAUUGAAAAUUUGGAUAAUAAAAAUCAGAAAUUGAAAUAUGAAUUAGAAAAAGCAAUGAAUGAAAAAAACCCAAAUCAGCUGGAAGACAAGAAAAUUCAAUUGGAAAAUGAAUUGUCAGAACUCGAAAAUUUAAGGCAGCUUAAAUUAUCUGACUCGACAUCAGAACAUAUAGAAGUUUCCUAUGUUUGGCGCUGUAAGGCCGAUAAAUUCUGAUCGGAAUUUAUCGGUAGGUUGCACCAAAUCAAUGCCUUGGUCGGACCAAAAAGCGAUUUGGUCCGACGAACUUGGAAAGCUCCUGGGAAAAUGUCUGCGCUUUUAGCGCUAUAUAGAGGAAACCUCUAUAUAGAAGGCGUUAAAAACUAUUAUGAAAAAAGAUGCAAAAGUUUUGAAAAUGAAGCGAUAAGUUGGAAAAAUAAAGCUGGAGAGCUAGUUUCAAAGUAUUAUACUGCAUUAAAAGGGCUGAGAUCAAAAAUUCAUCAUUUUAAAGCAGAAACAAUAAGAAAGCAAGCUAUGAUGAAAGAUGAUUUUGAUGAUAGUAUAAAUCAAAUUAUGGGACGAUAUGGCAAAGCUCUCAAAAAUGCAGAUUCCAUGGUUCAAACUUUAUCACAAAAACUUGCAAGUCUCACCGAAAAAAAGCCUAAGUCAAAAGCUGUAAGAAAAACCAAUAAUAUUUAA